CCAUCUAUGCCAUCGCUUUUUGCCGAGGGGAUUCAUCGGCAGAUACCUGCGAGAGCUGCGUGAGCUCCGCAGUCCGAGAUUUGGUCAUGAAGUGCCCUUACCAGAAGGCGGUUUUCUCCUGGGGAAACGGAGAUCCGCCGUGCUUUAUCCGAUACUCGGACACUCCAAUCUAUGGGAUACGGCAAACGAGUCCUAAGUAUUUGAUGUUCAACCAUGGCCACCGCAUCACCAUGGACCAACACCAGUUCGAUGAGGUGUGGAGGAACUUGAUGGAAAGACUAGUGAACAAAGCUUCAGACGGCACUUCAAGGCUCAAGUACGCCACGGGACAGAACAACUUGCCGGACAACAAGACGAUCUACUCAUUGUUACAGUGUAGUCCCGACUUGUUGCCAAACGAUUGCGAGAGUUGCUUGAGGGAAGCCAUUCAUGAUUACUAUAGGUGUUGCCACGGAUGGCAAGGCGGUUAUGUUUACAAGCCGAGCUGUAAUUUCCGAUGGGAAUUGCACAAGUUUUUCGAGUCAAGCCCCAGUCCAUAUUCGUCUUCUCCACCAUCUCCAUCUUCUCCAUCACAUCCAGCUACUCCGCCGUCUCCCAAAGAAGAUAUUGCCAAAGGCACCUUGGCUGCUAUCAUCUCUUCAGUCGCUGUUUUUGUAAUGCUUCUCUUCAUCAGUUGUUGUUACCUUCGGAGGAGGCCAGCAGAGAAGAAAUAUGAAGCUGUACAAGAAGGAAGUGGUGUAAGCGAGAUCACAUCCUUGAAGUCCUUGCAAUUCGAUUGGGAUACUUUGCUUGCCGCCACAAACAAUUUUUCUCAAGAAAACAAGCUUGGCCGAGGUGGAUUCGGGGAGGUUUACCAGGGUAGGCUUCCCAACGGGCAAGAAAUAGCUGUGAAGAGGCUAUCCCAAAGCUCAGGGCAAGGCAUCCAAGAAUUUAAGAAUGAGAUUGUGUUGGUGGCGAAGCUUCAGCACCGGAAUCUAGUGAGAUUGCUCGGAUUUUGCUUGGAAGGAGAGGAAAAGCUACUCAUAUAUGAGUUUGUGCCCAACAAAAGUCUCGACUACUUCGUGUUUGACCCUGACAAAAGCAAACAAUUAAAUUGGCCAAGACGUUACAAUAUAAUAUCAGGCAUCGCUCGAGGGAUGCUCUAUCUUCAUGAAGAUUCUCGGCUUCGAAUCAUUCACCGUGAUUUAAAAGCUAGCAACGUCUUGUUGGACAAUGAUAUGAACCCAAAGAUCUCAGAUUUUGGCAUGGCGAGGAUUUUUGGAGUUGAUCAAACUAAGGCAAACACUAGAAGAAUCGUAGGAACCUAUGGGUACAUCCCCGAAUAUGCGAUGCAUGGGCAAUUCUCUCAAAAGUCCGAUGUUUACAGUUUCGGCGUCCUCCUCCUCGAGAUCAUUUGUGGCAAGAGGAAUGACUACUACUACCGAUCUGAUGGAGGUGAAACUCUCGCAAGCUAUCAUUGGAGAGACGAUGUGCCUUCGGAAAUCUUGGACCCAGCAUUGGGAGAAUCUUAUUCCAGAAGCCAAGUGCUAAGAUGCAUACACAUUGGCUUUCUAUGUGUUCAAGAAGAUCCGGCUGAUAGACCGACAAUGGCGAGCAUAGUUCUUGCGCUGAGCAGCCAAACUCUUAGUCUACCAGUGCCACAAGGACCCGCCUUUUUUUUUUCCGAAGCUGGAUGGAACAGCCGAAUAUAGCAAAUGACCAGGGACAUGAUCAAAACAACAGCGGCUCUGCACCUUUGUCGGUCAAUGGAAUGUCGAUCACUGAAGUCUACCCCCGAUGAAGCACAUGAACAUCUAU